GAAUCGAACAUAUAUAUAUAGUUCGAGUUGGUGGCUUUAUGCUUCUCCCCGAAAUCGUCGUCUUCCAAUCGCAAGUCCCCUUCACGGCCAGGGUGCGAAAGAGAGAGCGCCUGUUCUCGUCGAGAUCUUGAAGCCUUCUGCUUGGCCGUCUGUUACAAAUCGAGGAAUCAUUUUAACAGGGGGACAGGGGGAGAUGUGAUAAUAUGGUAUUCCUAUUAAUCAACUCCGGGUAGCAACCCGCUGAAGCCCAAAUGGGAGAAUCAUCUGUCUACUGAUUCUCAUUAUAUAUUAUACUUUUAGGCUACCAUGUCUGAUUCAAGUAAGAAUUCCCAAUCAGCAAACGGCCUUUCUUCCAAAAGUAUGCAUAGAAAAACUCCACUUCCGUCUACUCCAGGCAGCAUUUUACCAAAGGCUUUCAAGCAUAUGGUGCCUUACAACUCGUUUAGUCAGCGAAGCGGACCAACAGCUAAGGUAGCAAUUUUCAUAUUGAAAGUUGCUGCAUUAGAGGCAGUACGUAGAUUCGCUAAAGCAAGGUGUUCGUUUAUAUGGAAGACUAUUCAAUCACUGCAAAUACUUUGCUUUCCUCCAAUCAAAUGGAUCAGUCGAUGGAAGCCAUUUGGGAUGAUGGUUGAAGGUGUCCAGAAAAUAUCAAAACCACUAUUAGUUCUGUCAAUUGCGACAACCUUUUCUGAUCAUUAUGAAGGUUAUUUGAAUGCACUUCAUACUGGGGAUGAUCCUCCACCAAAUCCUGACUUACCUAGAAUAUCAUUAGAGUCUGAUGCCAGUAUUAGCAGUGAAUCCAUCAAGGAAGACCCAAGAAAUUGGGUUCAUCAAGUCAUUGAAGAACUAGAAAAGAAGCAGAUUACUUUACCUGAAAGGAUGAACAUGGAUGAGCUUCAAAGGUUUUAUGAUGCAGCAAAUGGUGACAUGUGUUGCUUGCUUUCUUCACUCAAGAAAACAAUUCGUUGGAGGGAAACUUAUCAUAUUCUUUCUUGUCAAGAACUGGAAAUGUGGUCACAUUUGGUCUUUUGGCAUGAACUUGAUGUGAUGCUUCGUCCUUGCCUUAUCAUUCGUCUUGGACUUGCAUGUUCUAGUUUAAGGCCUCAUGAAAGGCCACAAUUUGCUCAAGCUGUGGUUUCUCAAAUAGAACAUGGGGUCCUGCGUUUGAUCAAGGAUGGAGAUGGUUCUAUUACUGUCAUAAUGGACUGUGAAGGAAUCUCUCCAUUCAAAUUCCCUAUGCAAUUGAUGAGAUACUGCUCAAAUCUGGUACAAGAUCACUAUCCCAAUAGACUUGGAUCUUUAUUUGUGAUACGUCUUCCUCCAGUUGUUCGAGUUCUUGCUCAGACAAUUAUUCAAUUAUUGAAGCCUGCAACUCGAAAAAAAUUACGCAUUGAGGGAGAUUCAUACCAGAAGGUUUUAUCUGAGUACGUACAAAGCAUUCCCGCUUUCCUAGGAGGUGAUUGCACUUGUUCAAAGUGCGAGAGAGUUCGUUCUGGCUGGUUUCCUCAGCUAAUGGCUGAAAGUAGUCAACGUAGUGCAAAUACUUUAGAAGUUGAGCUAGCUGAUGAUGAUUACCCAUUGUCUGAAUUUGCUUUUAGUGAUACUUGCCACUCUGUUCUGAGAGCUGCAAUCGUAGCCUUGCUCAUGCUGUGUGUUUUAGUUGCAUUUCUGGCUGGUAUGCAUGAUCCUGAAUCUAGUGCAUCACUGCUACUAUGAACUGUUGCAGCUUUGUACUUGCACAUCUAUACUAGAAUCAAACUGCUGAUGUAAUAUUUUUUAUUGUUAAAUUUUCUAAGAGGAAGAUGGAGGUUUAAGAACCA